AUGCCAGAAGAAGACGAUUUGGAUCAUUUGACGUCUUUAGAUGAUUUACACUCAGAAGAAGACAGUUCGAUAUCACGUGAUCACAAAGAACUUAAAAGUACGCAAAAGACUUCCAGAAACAAACCUAGUAAAAUGGUUUUAAACUUGAAAAAACCUAGUAAAUGUUUUAAAUCAGUUCCAAAUAUCAAUAGUAAACAAGCUGUUCUUGAGGAAAGUUUCCAAAAUUCUUACCAAUUUAUCAAGACGCAACACCAGAACCAUGAAAAAUGUGAAGACGUCUUUAAAAAAAAACGUGAAGAAAAUGACUUGGACGACGAUGUAGCUGCAAGUCUCAUCACUAAUGAGAAACUAGACAAGAAACUGAAAAGAGAACAAGAGAAAAUCAAAGAGUUUCUGGGAAGAGGUGACACAGCUGUCAUUAUUCCAGAGUCAGUCGAAGUAACCUCUGAAAAAAAUAACAAAGAUAUACCAUGCCAACCAAGAGAUGUCAGCACUUUCAUGGGGGCCUUUUUCGUAAAAUGUCAACACUGUGAUCAAACAUUUUCUGGUAAUCAAGCACUUUACGCUCUACGGGAUCAUCUGAAAGCAGUCCAUCAUGAAAUACAGGAGUCUUCAAACAAGAAAAAAGAACUCGGUUAUCAGUGCAGUAAAUGUAGUGCGUCAUUCCCGGACAAAGCUCGUUUGGAGAAACAUGAACCUCUUCAUAUAGUGUCCAGCCAGCAACGUCAGAUUGGCAGUGAUGACUUCUCGAGCCUUCGAAAGUUCAGGUGUCCGGAGUGUGGAAAGGCCUUUAAGUUUAAACAUCAUCUCAAAGAGCAUGUCCGGAUCCAUAGUGGAGAAAAGCCAUUCGCCUGUCCAAAUUGCAACAAGAGAUUUUCCCAUUCAGGCUCCUAUUCUUCCCACAUGACCAGUAAAAAGUGUAUUGUAAUGCACUUGAAGGUUCCAAAAUUCGACAACAAACCAUCACGAUAUUUUAAAACAACUCAUAAUAAUAUCCGCCUUUUAGCCCCAAAGGAUUACAUAAAUGGUUCUAAGGCUAACGAGUGUUUCGAAGAUUAUGUGCCUAAAGAAACUGAAUGUUUACCUGCUAAUAACAACCAACAUAACUCCCAAGCCAGAGAAAAUCUCUUUCGUCAGACUGCUCUUGUCUCUAUGCCUCGGAAGACAUUUCAUAAGUCCUCAAAAUUCAACAUUCCUGCAAAGUAUCUUUCAAGUUUUCGUUCUUCUCCUAAUGUUAUAUCCACUUCCGCUGACGGGUCAGCUUCAUUUAAUGAAGAGUCUGCGUCUAGGUUACAAGCUUCCAGUUUGACUUCAGUAAUAAGUACACCAUUAAAGUCUUCGACAGCUUUUCUUAAAAAGUUAUUGACAAAUGAAAUUAAUAUUUUUAAUAAAGUACCGAUUAGAUCUUUGCAAGUAGGAAACAAUGACUCCAAAACUCUUAAAGAAAUUCUGAAAAUCGUUGACGAAACAGUUACUAAAGAACAACACAGCUAUGACGCCAACAACAGAGGGAACAAACUUCUGUCCGAACUCUUGAGUAUACCUCCUCUGAUGGUGACUUCAGGAAAGUUUUUACACACACUUAAGAAAGUAUCUAAUUCAAAGAGUAACGGAAUGUUUCACGAGCGCCAAGGUAGCAAACAGUUUGCUGAUGAAGAUAGGAAACUUCAUAAUGAGCCCUUUAUGCAUGGAAAAAACUUAAAGAAAGCUAAUGGCUAUAUGAAUGCCAAGAAUUCUUCUGAAGCUGAUUUCAUUGAUAGUGUUAGGAUGAAGAAUAUUGAUGGCUCUGCUAAACGACGCUUAAAAACAGCCUGGAAAAGCCUGGAAAGUUCAUUAUCGAGAUCAUCUCCAAAAAAUGAAGACCAACUUAACAAAAGUAAAAUCGAUGAAUCAACAGACAAAAAAGAAGAUUUAGUUAGAAGUAUCUUAGGCAAAAGUAACUUAAAGGCAUUACAUUCAUCUUAUGAUUAUAACGCAGAUUUUACAAAAAAUGAAAUUAUGAAAAUAGGAGGAGAAUUGAGAUGUUCUACACGGACGGUGCAGUGUUGGUUUCACUCCGAUGUAAAGAAACCCAGUCGUAUAUUUAGUCCAAUAAAGGUACCGACAGUGUCAUUAGCAAGUCGAGCAAAUACAGAAGUAUCAAUAUCUCAUUAUGUCCAGCCAUAUUAUAAUAGGUACUGCUUGAAUAUACCACAGUACAAACCUCAGUCUCUACAUGUUUCUCCUGCCACGUCAGAUUUUAUGUCAAACCAUAAUGCUGUGGAUUCGGAUGGAAGAGUUAUUCCCCCUGCUCAUAUUAAAACCAUGAUUUUUGACAACAAUGUUCCGUUUAUCUCUACGCACAGUUGUGGCUCAGGAAAAUUUAAAUCUGCAUUGAUGAAAAAUCAGUUUAUUUCAUCAGAUUGUGAGUUACCUCUCGAUUUGUCUUUUAAGAGGAAACAAACUUUUAGUUUCUUUGAGCCCAUGAGAGAUUCGUCAUCAACGGGUGUUUUCUAUCACCACGAGAGCACGAAUAUCAGUCCGAAGUCCACCCGAACAACAGGUAGAACAGUUCAAUCACAUAGUGCUGCUAAAGAAAACAUUACUGCCUUAAACCACACGAACGAACACCAAAUAAAUUCUUUUAAGGCUUUUACCAAACAUCGAACAGCAGAAUCCGUGAUAUACAAUGAUCUUAUGUCCAACGAUAGUACCUCAAGAAAAUUAUCUCCAUUAGUGGAUCAGUCCAGUUCAAUAACCCCGCAUCAGGAUCCAUCAAGAAUAUCCGAGAUUGAUAACUGUAGUUCAAUUAACCCUACUACUUUCUUCAUCCUAGGACCUGAUUACAACUCACCAAUUAGUGAAGGACCAUUAUCUCCUCACAAACAGAACAGUCUAGAUGGAAAUUGUGGCACCAAAAGUUUUUGUCUAGACAAUAAUGGACGUUGGCAAGAGGUCAGAUUGAAGAAUUUCCGUAAAAAGGUUAAAAAACCAGAAGAUGUCGCUGUCAUGAAAGAAAAGGUAGAAGUAGAGGAAGAGAACGAAGUUGAGGUGAAGAAGAAGAAGAAGAAGAAGUUAUCAAUAGAGAAAACAGAUAGUGAAUGGUUGUUUGAAUGUAACCAGUGUGCUAAAGCGUUCACCAAACAUAGCUCUCUUUCGCGACACAAAUACGAACAUUCCGGUCAACGACCUCAUCAGUGCGACGAAUGUAGUAAAGCUUUCAAACACAAACACCACCUGACGGAGCACAAGCGACUUCACAGCGGCGAGAAGCCUUUCCAGUGCCAGAAGUGUCUAAAGCGGUUCUCACACUCCGGGUCUUACAGCCAACACAUGAACCAUCGGUUCGAUUAUUGCAAGCCACAUGGAGAUUAGAAAUCUAUAAAUAUAGAUAUAUAUAUAUGUAUAAAUCUAAUGGUGCCAAAAUAUACAUCUUGCUU